AUGCAAAAGCAAUCAAGACCGCAGAAUCUCAAUGUGAAAAGUGUUGUGGUACCGAGCAGUCCCUCUCAAGAGACGCCUGGACGAGACGUAAUGAACCUUGAAAAUGGCCGCUCAACCACAGUUAUUACCAGAAAUGGCACGGUGGGGCUGGAGUUGAUGGUUCGCGGUAAGCCCGGAUCCGGGAAAUCGACAGCAACGAAAAGAGCACACGAACUCGCUGGAGACAGCGUCAGUACAGAUGAAGCUGUCGUCGCUUUCUUCUUUAUCUCACGAGGCGCUUCGAUGGAGACCAAGCUGGAAGGUAUCUUCCGUCCGACGCUUCACCAGCUGUUAAGAAGCCAUGGGUCUAUCAAUGAUGAUGCUUUCAAAGAGUGGCAGCAAAGACAAAAGUCCACCAGAUCAGGCUGGGCAUGGACAGCCAGGGAGUUGCAAAUCAUGUUCAAGCGACACGUUGUUCGGUCGACUAUCAACAUCACCAUGUUUAUGGAUGCUCUAGAUCUGGGAAGCUGCAAAGAACGGCGAGCCGCUAUCAAAAUUGUGCGCCAUCAUUCGUGGCACACCACAACGUCUGCAUUGGCGUUGAUAGUAUAGAGCGCCAAAGACAGAGUAACGCGUUAUGGUGGGGUGGCC